CCCGCGAUCAGCUGAUCCCGGCUGACAACGAGGGGAGCAGGCGGAGGGUCGCGGGUCUUACCCGGCCCUGCCCUGCUCAGCCCCCCCGGGCGCCCCGACUGCAUGGUCGGCCCCUGGGGGAGGAGAACCGGGACACCCCCCCGGGCGCGGAGGGGACGGGGGGGAGGAGGAAGCGGCGGCCGGGACCGAGUCCUUAGUCACCGGGUGCCGGCGGGAGGAAGGGGAAGAAAGGUGGCCGCCGGCUUGUAAACAAUAGCCCGGCUCGCGGCGCCCCGUGCCGCGCCGCCUUUGUUCGCGGCCCCGCCGCGGCUCCCCGCCCGCUGCCGCCGCUCGGCGGGAGGGACGCGGGGGCUCCCUCGCCGUGCCCGGCCGGCGCGGCGCCCAGCGCAGCCCAGCUGUCUCCCUUCGAUCUCUGCUUCAGGGAAAUACUUGCUGUACCUGCUGAAGUACACCAGGCUGGGUUUUUUUUCCUCAUCGCUGAAAGUACGUUAGGCAGCUAAGCAGAGAAAGAAUGUACACUGGCGUUUGGGUAUGGUAAUACAUGAAACCAGCCACACUGUUUAAGUUUAUUUUGGAGAAAGAAAACGUCAUUAACACUUAAAAAGACUCUUCCUGUGAGGCAGAAACAGGAGGAAAAAACAUUGCUUUAAAGAAAUCUGAAGAUGAGUGCCCACACACAAACUGCAGAGAAAGGACAAAACACGACACUCCUGUGCCAAGAAAGCUAUGUUUGCAGUGGGACAGAUGAAGCAAUCUUUGAGUGUGAUGAGUGCAGGAGCCUGCAGUGCCAGCGUUGUGAAGAAGAGCUGCAUCAGCCAGAAAGGUUACGGAACCACGAACGGACCCGUAUAAGACCCGGCCAUGUCCCGUACUGUGACUCCUGCAAAGGUGCCAAUGGGAACAUAAUGCAUGCCAGUAUGAUGGGCUCGAGGCAGAUAGCAGCAGUGAGAUGCCAGGUGUGCAAAAUCAACCUCUGUGUGGAGUGUCAGAAGAGAACACAUGCUGGGGGGAACAGAAGGAAGCACCCUGUCACUGUGUACCAUGCUGGCAAAGCCCAAGAACAGGAAGAGGAGGAGGGAAUGGAUGAGGAGACCAAGAGAAGGAAGAUGACAGAGAAAGUAGUGAGUUUCCUCUUGGUGGAUGAAACUGAGGAGAUUCAGGUAAGGAAUGAAGAAGACUUUAUUAAGAAACUGGACUGCAGUCCUGACCAGCAUCUAAAGGUAGUGUCCAUCUUUGGGAACACAGGGGAUGGCAAGUCUCACACCCUUAACCACACUUUCUUCUACGGUCGGGAAGUCUUCAAGACGUCUCCAGCCCAAGAGUCUUGCACAGUUGGAGUCUGGGCAGCCUAUGACCCUGUCCGCAAAGUGGUGGUGAUUGAUACAGAGGGCCUCCUGGGGGCCACUGUGAACCUGAGCCAGAGAACACGGCUGCUGCUGAAGGUCCUGGCCAUCUCUGACCUUGUCAUCUACCGUACUCGUGCUGACAGGCUCCACAAUGAUCUCUUCAAAUUUCUUGGCGAUGCCUCGGAGGCUUAUUUAAAACAUUUCACUAAGGAGCUAAAAGCUACUACAGCCCGCUGUGGCCUAGAUGUUCCUCUGUCAACUUUGGGUCCAGGUGUCAUCAUCUUUCACGAGACUGUAUACACCAAGCUGCUGGGCUCUGAUCAUCCUUCUGAGGUUCCUGAGAAGCUCAUUCAGGAUCGGUUUCGGAAGCUAAGCUGUUUUCCUGAGGCUUUCAGCUCAAUUCACUACAAGGGAACAAGGACAUACAAUCCUCCAACAGAUUUCUCUGGGCUUAGGCGAGCUGUGGAGCAGCAGCUGGAGAACAAUACUACUCGGUCACCUAGGCAGCCUGGGGUUAUCUACAAAGCACUAAAAGCUCUAAGUGACCGGUUCAGUGGGGAGAUCCCUGAUGACCAGAUGGCUCACAGCUCUUUCUUUCCAGAUGAAUAUUUCACAUGCUCCUCUGUGUGCCUCAGCUGUGGGUGUGGCUGCAAAAGGAGCAUGAACCAUGCAAAGGAAGGAGUCCCUCAUGAAUCCAAAAGUCGAUGCAGAUAUUCUCACCAGUAUGAUAACAGAGUCUACACUUGCAAGGCCUGUUAUGAACGAGGAAUGGAGGUCAGUGUGGUGCCAAAAACCUCUGCUUCCACGGACUCUCCUUGGCUGGGCCUUGCCAAGUAUGCCUGGUCAGGGUACGUGAUUGAGUGCCCCAACUGUGGGGUGGUGUACCGCAGCCGGCAGUACUGGUUUGGCAACCAAGAUCCUGUGAACACCGUGGUGAGGACAGAAAUUGAGCACGUCUGGCCAGGGACUGAUGGAUUUCUGAAAGACAACAACAAUGCAGCCCAGCGUUUGUUGGAUGGCAUGAAUUUCAUGGCUCAGUCAGUAUCUGAACUUAGCCUGGGACCCACAAAAGCUGUGACCUCCUGGUUGACAGACCAGAUUGCCCCAGCUUACUGGAGACCCAACUCUCAGAUCCUGAGUUGUAAUAAGUGCAACACACCUUUUAAAGAUAACGACACUAAGCAUCACUGCCGGGCCUGCGGAGAGGGCUUCUGUGAUGGCUGUUCUUCCAAGACCCGUCCAGUGCCUGAGCGAGGCUGGGGACCAGCACCAGUGCGUGUGUGUGACAACUGCUAUGAAAACAGGGGCAUCCAGUUAGAUGUGGCUGAACAGCCUUCAGAUGAGGAAGGGGGGACACUUAUUGCCAGGAAGGUGGGGGAAGCUGUGCAAAACACACUUGGAGCAGUGGUGACAGCCAUGGACAUUCCCUUAGGUCUGGUAAAAGAUGCUGCCCGACCUGCAUACUGGGUACCAGACCAUGAAAUCCUGCACUGCCACAAUUGCCGGAAGGAAUUCAGUAUCAAACUCUCCAAACACCACUGUCGGGCCUGUGGCCAGGGAUUCUGUGACGAAUGCUCACAUGACCGCAGAGCGGUUCCUUCCCGCGGAUGGGAUCACCCAGUCCGAGUUUGCUUUAACUGCAAUAAAAAGCCUGGUGACCUUUAACCCCAGGCUCCUCUCCAGAUCUUUGCAAUUCCUUAUGUUCUCAGGGUUACAAAUGAAAAUAUCUGGUCUCCCUUUAAACCUUUUAACCUGUUGCAGCCAGAGUGCAUGUUUCCAGUUUCUGGCCUCCUCUCGUGUUAUAUCCAUCUUGAAACGCUGGGAAUGAGCUUACGUUCAGCCUCUAGUUUUAAUUUCAAAUUAACUGGGAAAGGGAGGGAGCUCCCUUGUAAAUGAGCAAACCAAAAUCCAGUGUAUUUUAUUCCAACUAAAUAUAUAUAUAUAUAUCAGCUGUGUAUACUUCAGGAUAUUAAGAAUACGGUUGGCUAAUGAAGCUUCGAGUAUUCCUAGUUCAAAUGAUGGAUGGUGUUGUUCCUUACUAUAUUGGAUCAGACUUAUGGCCUUCUAAUUCUUCUUUUGGAAUGUCUUGCUGAUCGUGAUGUCCUGUGAGGAAGGUUUGGACUCUGCUGCCAGGAAAUCUCCAAUGUUGAUGUAUGAAUUACACCUGGCAAUUCAACCAGCCCUGCAUCUGGAGAUGCUCUCCUUCUGGCUGUGCAAGAUUAAACCCAGAUUUAUGAGCAAGUUUAUUUGAACUGUGGUUUGAGCAAUGGUCUUGCAGUGCAAGAGGUAUCAAGUUGAAACAGACCCCUCGGUAGAGACCAGUAGAGCUCUGAAAGGUAAAGGAAAUCAUAUGGCACAAGGCAAAGCAUUCUGAUUUUGCCAUUUCAACUUUAAUACCAGAUCAAAAGGUAGCAGGGUCUUGCUCUCCCUGACAAUGUUUUCAUGUACUCAGGUUUUCUUCAAGUUUCUCUGUCAGAUCAUUGCAGUUAAAAGUUUUGUCCAGAGCAGAAGAGAACAAGUUUUGUAGGCAAUUCUGAAAUAUGAAGUUUAAAUUGUUUGGGUUGUGAUGACUUUUCUUUUUCCCCACUUUUUAAGUGAUCCUGUAGUCUCUGAAGUCUCUGUGUUCUCAAAUGUGGUUGCAUAGAAACUGCACAGAUUUGACUCAUCUUUGUUCUGAUCGUAUGAACUUAAGAAUAAAUCUGGAAAAUGGGAACCUUUCUUCUUUGCUCCUUGCAACUGGCACUCACUGGACUUCAUCCUUUUAUUAAAGGACUGCAAUGAAUUCACUGAGUUUAUUAUCAAAAGCACCACUUAACCUAACUUAUACUGUCAUGUACUGUGGAUUUGUGGUUCCACUUAUGCAAAGUAAGAGACCAUUGUGGACUAAACUGCCUAAAAUGCUCCUUUCUUGGCUUACAUAGACAUGAAUUCUUUCACCAUGGAAGUUGCCUCCUCUUGGAGUGGCUGGAGUUUAAUGCAAUGUCCUGGAACUGUGGUGGUAUUUUAUCCCCAGCUUAUUAAAUGUGCUCUUCUGUAGAUGAAUGCCCAACACCCUGUUUUAAGACUGUAUUAUUAAAUUAACUGCUAUAAAGGACUUUAUCUUCUGAACAAGCGUACUGACUUUCCUUGUAACAAGUGGGUUCUUGCUUUGUUUCUGAAAGAACAUAUUCAUAGAGUGAUUGCCCCUUUGCAACUACAUCCAGCCUACACAAGGAAGUAGAUUUAGAAGAUGUUUCAGGACACCUUCGGUACUGGCCAAGUUUACUGGGGACUGUCUCAUGUUUCUGUAAGCAAAAGUCUGCCAUAAACUGAGAGUUGUCCAAGUGAGGGCACAAGUAGGUAGAAAUCCUCUUUCAAAAGACAUUCUGUACAUCUAGUAUAAUUCUGUGCUUCAAAGUAUUUUUUAUUUUUUUAAUGGGUGAGCAAUGUGUUCUUGGUUUGUAGGCUGUGCCCUGUGUGCUGUUUAUGCAUGUAGCUUUACUACCACGUUAAUGCACAAAGAGAGAGCAGCCAUGACAUUCCUUGUAUAAAAUCUUUGGCAUCUGUUUCAACAA